AUGACUGACAACGCGGGGCCUGCAGCCCCACCCCGUGCCGCGUCUAUCAUCAUGGGAAGCCCAUGGAUCCAGAAAUAUGGAGGAGCAGAGUCGGAGAAGGAGGCGCUGGCUUUGGAGGGUGAUGAGGUCGAAGUAAGUGAAACCCCUGUAUGUGCAGUCGUAAGUGGAAACACAGCAGCACCGCCUGAACACGCAGAUUGGAAGCAAGCCCUGAGAGUAGAGUUGUUGAAAGACGUCCGAGAACAGAUGUUGGAACUAUCUAAGACUCUCCUGGGAGAACUUCGCCAAGGGGUGAUCAUCGUGGAAGACAGGUGUUUGGGUGUCCAUCGAGCCCUAUUAGGUAUGAACGUCCUCUCCGAGUGUUGGGAGGAGUUAUUUCGGGCUAAGCCCGGCCCUAGGAUCUCCCCUGUCGAGAGGCCCCUAUGGGAGCGAGUAGUCGCCGACUGUCGUCGGGUCCAGAUGACCCAGGUCCGCAGAGGCCGGGAAGAGGUAGGAAGAGUGAUGUGUCGCUUUGCUUUAUCUAUCCCCCCUAGGAGUGAGGCCAUGGUGUGGGUGAGAGUGGCCCCCCGAGGAGUUGGCCCCGAAGAGUGGGUAUUGGUUGAACCCCACGCCAAUUGCCCCCAAGUGGAAGUAGCACGAGGCCUAGCGGCGGUCCACCGGGGGAGGGUCCCUGUAAAGGUUCGAAAUGACCACCCCUAUCCAGUACACUUACACCGACACCAGCGGCUGGCCCGACUAACGGGGGUUGCACCCCAUCAGGUGAGGGAGGAGAGAGAUGUUAGUUUCCGUCAGGUGUGCCCCACUGUCAUCGAGGUGGCCCUGACACAGACGGAAGCCCCUUCGAACAACGGGGGGAGGGACGUGCCGAGGCACCUGGCAGGUGAGUCCCUGCAAGGGGAAAAGUUGGAACAGGCGCAGACACAAAGACUCCAAGCCCUCCUUCAGAAAUGGCAACAUGUGUUUGCAAGACACGAGGAGGAUUACGGAUGCACUAAGGUGGUGGAACAUCAUAUUCCGACUGGAGAUGCAGGACCCAGUAGGGAGAGGUACCGGCCGAUCCCACCCACCUUGUAUACAGAGGUACGCUCACUAUUGCAGGGCAUGCUGGGGCGGGGCAUCGUCCGGGAAAGCAGUAGCCCAUGGGCAGCCCCCAUCGUGCUUGUGCAGAAAAAGUCGGGAGCUUGGAGGUUUUGUGUGGACUACCGUAAGCUCAACCUGGUGACCAAAAAAGACGCUUUUCCCCUACCACGGAUCGAAGACUCCCUGGCCGGUCUCACGCGGUCCGCGUGGUACUCCACUUUGGAUCUGGCCAGUGGGUAUUGGCAGGUGCCGGUGGCCGAGGCCGAUAGGGAGAAGACCGCCUUCACGACCCCGUUUGGAUUGUUCGAGUGGGAACGGAUGCCCUUCGGGCUCUGUAACGCCCCAGCCACGUUCCAACGCCUGAUGCAGCGCUGUCUUGGAGGUCAGUUAAUGAAGUCAGUCUUGGUAUAUUUAGAUGAUGUAAUUGUGUACUCCCCAGAUUUCGAUUCCCACCUCCGACACCUCGAAGAGGUUUUCCAGGCGAUGGAGAAAUAUGGGCUGAAGUUGCAACCCGAUAAAUGCCAUCUGUUGAGGCGAGAAGUCCAGUUCCUGGGUCACGUGGUCAGCGCUGCUGGGGUGGCUGUAGACCCUGGGAAGGUCUCUGCGACAGCGAAGUUGGGAGCUGUGGAGCAGCGCUGGGUGGCACAACUUGCCAACUUCGAUUAUCAACUGCAGUAUCGGCCUGGGCGAGAGCACACGAACGCGGAUGUCUUGUCCCGAUUACCAGAGGUGGACAACCCCGGUUGCCGGGGGGGCCAGGAAGAAGAAAGCCAGAGGGAAGGCUAUCUGAUAGGGGCCGUGGAGGCACCAGGAGGCCAGCAGGAGGCGGUCGCGAAAGAGGUAGUUGCGGAACCGGCACCGACGGCCCCCUGGAUGGAAGGAUGGGCUGUGGUACCAGGCCUACCCGUGGUGGCACCACCCCCGGCCGCCCCAGGAGAGCCAGAGCUAGCACCUGAGCCAGUUGGACCCCCGGCCGCACAGAGACAACCAGAGCCAGUACCAGAGCCAGCCGAACCCCCGGCCGCCCAAAGACAACCUGAGGUUGUGCCCGAGCCCGCCGAACCUGACUCCCCUUUUACGGUGGACCUGUUGGAGUAA